UGUUAAUUGAACACAUCACACUAAUCGUUUUGUUGAUAUGCGGCGUGAGCUUUCUCUGGACCACAUCGUGAUGUCUACGACUUGGUGACCUUUGUAUUAUGUUAUUGGCGCGUUAUCGAAUUAAAAAAAAGUCUGAUCGGAAAGCAAAUACACAGUUGACCAAAAAAAACACUUAGGAAGCAUUUUAGUCGCUAAACGCGGGUGAGAAUUCUAGUACUGCCGAGGACCGCGCUGUCUGGAGCUCAGUCUGGUAAUCUCAUGGCUAGUAACUAGAGCUCUACUACAACAGUUUUUCUCGCACAAUUUCAGAGAAAAGUUUCUGUGGCGGCUUUAUGCUCCUCCUUUUUAGGUUCCCAAUGGUACGUCAUCAGCAGCAAUGUCCCGUGGUAGCGUGUAUGCUUACGGAUGUGCACCGCUCACUCUCAAGAAGUAGAACUAACUGAGAAGUUCUUCGAAUAAACUUAUUCUCGACGCUGCAGCAAGUAAAAUCUAUGCGUGCCAUCAUCUAGGCGUUACACCAUCCGACAUCAUGGGGAAACAGAACAGUAAGCUGCGGCCGGAGGUCAUGCAAGAUCUCCUGGAAAGCACCGACUUCACGGAGCACGAGAUCCAGGAGUGGUACAAGGGCUUCCUGAGGGAUUGCCCCAGUGGAAAUCUGUCCAUGGAAGAGUUCAAGAAGAUCUACGGCAACUUUUUUCCGUACGGGGAUGCAUCAAAGUUUGCUGAGCACGUCUUUCGCACGUUUGACGCCAACGGCGACGGCACGAUAGACUUCCGGGAGUUCAUCAUCGCGCUGAGCGUGACGUCGCGCGGGAAGCUGGAGCAGAAGCUGAAAUGGGCAUUCAGCAUGUACGAUCUGGAUGGCAACGGCUACAUCAGCAAGUCUGAAAUGCUGGAGAUUGUACAGGCCAUCUACAAAAUGGUGUCCUCUGUACUGAAGAUGCCGGAAGAUGAGUCAACUCCAGAGAAGAGAACCGAGAAAAUCUUCAGACAGAUGGACUUAAAUCGAGAUGGCAAGCUGUCUUUGGAAGAGUUCAUCAAGGGAGCAAAAAGUGACCCGUCCAUUCUGCGCCUGUUGCAGUGUGAUCCCAGCAGUGCAGGCCAGUUCUGAUCCGGCGCCGCUGAGACUCUGACAACUAUUGCCUCAACUCACUUUUUCAAAGUAUUUGUACAUUUCAUUUCAGGGGGUGAUACUAAGAAGCUGGUUCAGUAGUAAACCGGGUUAAGUUAACCUUGUGGUAGAGGUAACUUAUCCAAUAGAAGUGCACGGAGUCCUUGUUUCCUUAAGUAAAUGAUGCCUGCAGGCUUUCCAUUUCCUGUAGGUUAGCUAAGCCUGGUUUAUCACUUAACCGUGUUCUUAGUAUACCCCCAGCUGGUAAAGAUGCUAUACAUCUUGUUGCCCCUCCAGUUUGUAUACAUGUGGGCUGAGGCCUUGGUGUGCAGGUUCUCUUCCCAUAUCGCAGCACUCAGGCGCAGACUUUUCUACUGACAAAGACAAAGCCUGAAGAUGUGCCGUUUGCCAAAACUAACUUGUUUACAUGUUGGAAUAGCAUUUUUAUGUGAAUGUGAAUCACAGUCAAAAGCACUGGUGAAGAGGAGGAUCAUCAAGAUUAGUUGCAACGUUAGCUUAAUUUUUGUUUUAGCUGUAAAUGUUAUGUAAAACGUUUUAGUAUUUUUUAAAAUGGUAACGUGGUAGUAUUAUCAGGAAAGGAAAUGUGUGCUUUGAAUCGUACACAGGGUUAUGAAGAGCCAUUUAUCAGAGAGGAGUUUGGGUGAAGUCCAAAAGAACAAAACAAAAUGUGUUGUAUUCCGUAUACUCCAAAGCCAUCUGUGAAGACAUCAGAGAGCAUUGUCCAACACAUGUCCCUUAAAUUAUGCCAGUGUUGUAGAAGCAGCAUUUUUUUUUACACAGAUCUCAAAAUCUUCAAAUAAGAUGUAAACAUCUUAUUAACCGCUUUAAAUUUCGCUGCCACUCUUUGGCUUCUUGAAUCACAGUGAAUGACUAAAUAAGCACUUGUAAUUUUAAACUGCAUUUAAUAAUAAUAACUUGGUUUUAUAUAGCGCCUUUCAAGGAACCCAAGGUCGCUUAAUUGCAAUUGUGGCAAAAUUUCAACAAAGCAAAACAUUUGUACAAUGCUGCAUGUAUUUCAUGCAAAACUCACGUCAUCUUGUCUAUAUUAUAUUCUAAAAUAUAAUGGAAGUUCUAAGGAGUUGUACACAAAAUGCUGUUUUUGCAUUGGGCAUCUUUUCUACUUAUACAAUACGUAACCACAAAUAAUGUGUUUCUGUACUUGCAGUGUAUUUUUGUGAAAACAAAAGAGGCACAAGAUUUUGAUGUUGACUCAUUUCAGGUUUAAAGGUAUAAACAGACAGCAACCGAUCAUAUGGGUGUUAGUGAUUUUUGUACUGCAGAUCAACUUACAGACACUCAAAAAGCUUUUUUUUUCUCAGAAAAAUGACCAAAAAUUACUAUUUUCCAUAGAUGAUUGCUGAAGAAUGGAAAAAGAUACAAAGGGCUUUUUUUGAAUGAAGGAAGAGCAUCUGAUCCCGCAUUUGCUAGGUUUUCCAUUGAGACAGACAUAGAACUUUUGACAAUUUCUGAAUUUUUCGUAAAUUUGCGCAAAUAUCUGAAUUGUAUACACAAAAGGAACAACCAAUGUGUUCACUAGAGCUUUUGAUCUAGAGCUUUGAACAGGGUUUAGAACAUCUAAAAUAACAAAUUACUAUUGGAAUGUUACAGUGGGCUUACUGUAUCCACAGUGGCUCAAGGCUUACCUCACUGCCAUUGGCCACGUUGACAUGAUGUGUUUAAUUCCGAAUUAAUAAUUCAGUGUUAAAUAGUUCCGUCAAGUUGACAUUGCACUUUAAUUUAAUUCCGAAUUAUGAAGUGUUCACAUGAGGUUUUCAAAACGGAAUUAAGUUUUUUUAGUUUAGAAUUAAAUUGAAUAUUAUUUUUAUUUUAGAAUUGGAUUGAAUGAAAAUUCUGAAUUAAAUGUAUCAUGCAACCGAGGCCAUUGUCUCUUUGAUCUAUCUUGUUCUGUUCAAGAACUGCACAAAACUGCGUAAAAACACUUUUGAAGAUAGAUAAAAUUAAGAAAUCCAUGACACAAUACGCAUUCAAAUUGUGGUGUGGUCAUGUCAUCUUUUGCUGCUCUCUGGUGUUUUCAUAUGUAUUUGGAAUAGUUCUGUCUGUAUGCAAACCAGGGGACAAUGAGUGACCACAGUGCCCCCAUUCAUAUGUGAUGCAUCCCUGCUGUGUAUGCUGUUCUUAUGCAAAUGCAGUUUUGUGUGAUGUUAAUGAAAUUCCCCUUCCACACCACCAUCCCAAAGCCCAGGCUAUUGUGUAUCAGGAAGACAAUUGUUGUAGGCCAGUCGCAGGGCCCAUGUUACAAAUCCUUUAUCCUUUAUAAAAAUUGUAUUGUAAUAUUUCAAGAAAACAUUCCAUCUCUCUCUCAAAUGACUCUUGUACUGCUCUAAGCUUACUGCAUGGGAUGAAUCUCAACGGUGCAAUCGCUUUCGCAUGGCUUUCUAUUUUUUUUAAAGUUUCCCCUUGAAUUGUAGGCAUCUUUUAUUAACUUCCAGAGUUGUGUACAGAGUCAGAGACUCCACAAAUAUAGCGUAGGCACUUCAGCUCAGUAUAUUGAUGCAACUGUUAAAACGUAUUGGACCAGUUAGAUGGGUUGGAUGACUUUGAGAUGGUGAAACAAGGAGGUGUCGUUAAACAGUGUAACGUUAGCCAUGAUAGCCCACACAGCAAGGCUAAAAUAGCUUGGUGAGCCAAUUUAAAUAGCUGCAAGCACAAUAAUACAGAAUGGAUGUAUUAGUAAUCAGCCGAGUAACAUUACCCCCAAACCCAAGGAAAAGGUCUGUAAUUUGCAUCGCAAUUGUGAAUGGGGCAAGCCCAAAAAAAGCUUUCUAGUCCCUGCUUUUAAGCUCUAGUGUUGAACAUACAGUUGUUGUAUGCAUAAGUAUGACUACAUUUUUCAAGUUAAAAGUAGUGAAACCACAGUACCCAAAUCACAAUGUGAUUUUCUAUUUCAUCUGUGUGUAAACCAGUGUUGGGGAUGAGACCGUUUAUAUCAAAGCUACAUCCGAAUGCCAUAGUAGGCACUGCCUCCAAACCAGUAGCUACCACUCGGCGUCCUGACCAGCAGUUUCUAUAUAGAAGCCAGCCAAUACUGAGCAAAACUUGGACACAUAAAGGCGCCAUCAUAUAAACGACUUUAAACUGGAUGGUCUUCAAGUUCCAGAAAAUUGCUGUUGGUAUGGAUCAGUUAAAAUACUAACCGUUAACUUGCCCGGAUAACUUAAAAUAUUUGAGUGGUCAAAUGAAAUGGUAAUGUGGAGUAACUUUAAAAGUAAUCACAGCAUGCUCAAGCCAUCCACAUUGUGUCUCUCUCGCAUUCAUCUUGUAUUGAUGUUUUAGCACAUAGUUUUGUUGGAAUUAAGUGGCUCCCAAACUUUUUCAGCAGGGACCCCUUUUUGGACUAUGAAUAUUUUCGCAACAUCCCCCCCUAGUAGGACAUUGGUGAUGUCAAAAGCUACCUAAUCCAUUUGUACGCUACUCAAUUUUAGGGUGAUUCCGAAUUACUGUCCUGUUUUCCAUAGAGGACACUAUUUUUCCAACGAGAAAUGAGCUAAUUUGCUAACCUCCUCCAAAUUUUGAUAAUUGAUACUACCUUUUUUGUUGCCUUCUUGAGAAAAUGUUACAGCUCAGCUGGAAGUGAUACUGAGACUGCAUGUUGUUCAUUGAAUUUGAUUAGCCCAUGAAAAUGUAACAAAUCUUUUGCAUACAACUCUCUUGUUGUCGGUUGUAGGUAUGUUAUUAUGAAGUAGACAUAAAGAAUGUUCUUUCUUGACUUGCUAUCAGUUUGAAGAGAAAGGGACCGAUCCUUAACUGCCAAGAUGUAAUGCAUUUCUGCUUUUUUUUCCUUGAAAUAAAUCAGUAGAACAGUUAUUUGUACCAAAUAUGAACAGUAUUAUAGAGCUGUACAUUAUAGUUUUUGUUGUACAGUAUGUUUAUAUUGUUAUAUUUUAUAGAGUCUGCAUUGUCCUUGGAUUUUAAACCUUGUUGUGAACAACCUGAUCAUUAAAUUUCUCAAC